AUGAGCCCAAGCUCUGCUGACUCUGCCCCCGACGCCGACUUUGCCUUCAACAUGGACGCUGCCAUCGCCACCAACGCUCGCAUCAACAAGUUUGAUGGUACGAAUUUCCACACUUGGAAGUUCAAAAUGCAGAUGGUGCUGGAGGAGCGGGACCUUUGGGAAGUGAUAAGCGGGGAGAUCAAGCUGAAACACCUUGCCACUACGCUUGAUCAGUCAACGUUCAAGCGCAAAUCACGGAAGGCGCUCGCGAUAAUCUGUCUUGCGAUGGAGGACUCGCAACUGCCCCUGGUUCGGUCGGCAAGUGGAGCGUACGAUGCAUGGUCGCGGCUGGAAGGCCACUUUGAGAAGAAGAGAUUAGCCAACAAGCUCUUUCUUCGUCGCCGUUUCUUCACGGCCAAGAUGGAGGAAGGCGAUGAUAUGCUUUCGCACAUUAACAAGAUAAAGACACUGGCGGAACAACUCGACGCGUUGGGUGCUCCGGUCAGCAAAGACGACCUGGUGGUCACGCUUCUUGGAAGCUUAAGUGAGUCGUUUGCAUUUCUCAUUACUUCUUUGGAGUCAAGGGCCGACUCGCUGUCGUGGGAACUGGUGAGAUCCAGGCUGAUACAUGAAGACAUGGAGCGCAAGGAGCAAGGCAGUGCGGGGUCGCCGCAGGUCAAGCGUUCAUGA